CAUGAGUUCCUCCAAUGCUCCUUCGUUUGCUUCAAUGGCUGCUCUGCUACUUGGUUUCUGUGUGUUAUCGUCAUUUCCAGAAUUUGCUAUGGGGAUAACGAGGCACUACACAUUCAAUAUCAACAACCUCACCGUUACGAGGCUGUGCCAUACAAGGAGCAUUCUGAGUGUCAACGGACAGUUUCCGGGGCCUCCGUUGGUGGCCAGGGAAGGCGAUCGAGUUAUUGUUAAGGUCGUUAAUCAUGUUACAAACAAUGUCACAAUUCAUUGGCAUGGAGUUCGGCAGCUUAGAAGUGGGUGGGCUGAUGGGCCAGCUUACGUUACGCAGUGUCCUAUACAAACCGGCCAAUCGUUCAACUACAACUUCACUGUCACUGGGCAAAGAGGAACUCUCUUAUGGCAUGCUCACAUCUCGUGGCUGAGAUCCUCCAUUUAUGGACCCAUCAUCAUCCUCCCAAGGCGCAAUGAAUCUUACCCUUUUCAGAAACCCUACGCGGAAAAGACAAUCAUUUUUGGAGAGUGGUUUAACGUAGAUCCAGAGGCUGUGAUUGCCCAGGCUCUUCAAACAGGAUCAGGGCCCAACGUUUCUGAUGCUUACACCAUCAAUGGCCUUCCGGGGCCAUUGUACAACUGCUCUACUAAAGACACAUACGAGCUGAAGGUCAAGCCAGGGAAGACAUAUCUGCUACGCUUGAUCAACGCUGCACUCAACGACGAGCUUUUCUUCAGUAUCGCAGGCCACAACCUCACCAUCGUUGACGCGGACGCGGUGUACGUUAAACCUUUCGAAACGGACAUCCUCCUCAUCACCCCAGGCCAAACCACAAACGUUCUCCUCAAAACCAAGCCCUACUACCCCAACGCCACUUUCCGCAUGGCCGCCAGGCCCUACUUCACCGGCCAAGGCACCUUUGACAACUCCACCGUCGCCGGCAUCCUCAAAUACAUCCACCCAUCACAUAAAUCCUCCCAUAAAAACCUUACUCUUGUCAAACCAACCUUCCCACCCAUCAAUGCCACAAACUUCGUCGCAAAUUUCACCAAAAAAUUCCGCAGCUUGGCCAACCCCAUCUACACCGCCACCGUUCCUCAAACCGUGGGCAAGAAAUUUUUCUUCGUUGUCGGGCUCGGGACUUUCCCUUGUCCUGCAAACACCACGUGUCAAGGACCCACCAACACCACAAAAUUCGCCGCUUCCGUUAACAACGUGUCUUUUAAUCUCCCCUCGGUGGCUUUACUCCAAGCCCACUUUUUUGGACAGUCUAACGGCGUUUACACUACUGAUUUCCCGUCAACGCCACUGGUGACGUUUAACUAUACCGGAACGCCGCCCAAUAACACUAACGUCAGCAACGGAACCCGCGUUUUGGUGUUGCCGUACAACGCGAGCGUGGAGGUGAUACUGCAGGGCACCGGCAUUCUUGGUGCGGAGAGCCACCCUCUCCAUCUUCACGGUUUCAAUUUCUUUGUUGUCGGACAAGGUUUCGGAAACUAUGAUCCCAACAAGGACCCAGCUAGCUUCAAUCUAGUCGACCCGGUUGAAAGGAACACGGCCGGAGUUCCGGCCGGCGGUUGGCUCGCUAUUCGCUUCUUGGCUGACAACCCAGGGGUGUGGUUUAUGCAUUGCCAUCUAGAUGUCCACACGAGCUGGGGGCUAAAGAUGGCGUGGAUUGUAUUGGAUGGGCCAGGGCCGAAUCAGAAGUUACCACCGCCACCGUCCGAUCUCCCACAGUGCUAACUGGACCGAUCGUCGGUCUGGAUAGGCGGAUAUCAAUUGUAUUUUUUUUUCCAGAGUGAUUUUGUUUUAUUGUUCAAUUUUAAUUAAUAAUUGUUCUUUGAGAAGCAAAUGUUUUCCCGUUGUUUUGCUUUUGCUCUGUGUUAUUUGAGUUUUA